AGCAACACCUGUGACCGACCGGAAAGCAGCAACAACCUUCAAACAGACCAAGAGAGCCGCCGCCGGCUCUGAUCCAACACACACUUUAAUUGAUUCUGCAGCACCACGCGGAAUAUCUGAAGACCUGAUGCUGCAGAGCAAAGACCUGAUGCUGCAGAGCAAAGACCUGAUGCUGCAGAGCAAAGACCUGAUGCCGCAGAGCAAAGACCUGAUGCCGCAGAGCGAAGACCUGAUGCCGCAGAGCAAAGACCUGAUGCCGCAGAGCGAAGACCUGAUGCCGCAGAGCAAAGACCUGAUGCCGCAGAGCAAAGACCUGAUACCGCAGAGCGAAGACCUGAUGCUGCAGAGCGAAGACCUGAUGCCGCAGAGCGAAGACCUGAUGCUGCAGAGCGAAGACCUGAUGCUGCAGAGCGAAGACCUGAUGCUGCAGAGCGAAGACCUGAUGCCGCAGAGCAAAGACCUGAUGCCGCAGAGCGAAGACCUGAUGCCGCAGAGCAAAGACCUGAUGCCGCAGAGCAAAGACCUGAUGCUGCAGAGCGAAGACCUGAUGCCGCAGAGCAAAGACCUGAUGCCGCAGAGCAAAGACCUGAUGCCGCAGAGCAAAGACCUGAUGCCGCAGAGCAAAGACCUGAUGCUGCAGAGCGAAGACCUGAUGCUGCAGAGCAAAGACCUGAUGCUGCAGAGCGAAGACCUGAUGCUGCAGAGCGAAGACCUGAUGCUGCAGAGCGAAGACCUGAUGCUGCAGAGCGAAGACCUGAUGCUGCUUGUUGAAAAGAGGAAAACUCUCUUCACCUGCUGCGACGUGAUUAAAGAUCAGCUCAGAACGAAUUCUGGAGCGACUGCUCUCCAUCGCAGGAUUAACAUCUAACAGAGUUCAGCUUCUAUGAGUCGUAAAUCUGGAACAAACUUCCAGAAAACUGCAAAACAGCCGGAACACCGAGACCCUUAAAAUCAAGGCUAAACGCCCAGCUGGUGAGAGCUGCUUCCGAUUAAUAAUCACUGGAACAUUGGUUUUGAUGAUGUGGUGUUUGUUUUUAUGACUGUCAAAAUAAUCAACAAAUCAAUAAAUCAAUAUUGCUCAAUAAUUUCCAUUUGUUGUUUUUCUCUUUCCACCAGAAACUGGGUGAUAAAAGUCUUCAGUCUGCUGCUUUGGCCUGAACUAAACCUUCUUUGAAGGAUAAUUUUGUUUACAGAUUCAUAAAUCAUUUUAUUUACUUUGGAUAUUAAAAUGUCUUCCAGUUUAAAUGUUCAUUAGAGUUUAAUGUUUGUUCAUUUUGACAAUGAGUUGCUGUUAUAUUUCUGGAAAACUUUCUCAAGGCAACAAUAUUAUCGUUUAUCACAAUAACUUCUGGGAUAAUUUAUCGUCCAGAAACAUUUAUUAUUAUCGGCUGUUACUGAUGUUCUCAAUUUGUGACUCUAUUUUGUUUUUAUCUCUUUUUAUUUUUGUGUUUUUAUGAUGUAAACACUUUGAAAUGUCUUGUUGUUGAAAUGUGUUACAUAAAUAAACUUGAUCGAUCGAUCGAUUGAUUGAUUGCAGCUUUUCUCGACCCUUUCUGAAUUUUGUUCCAGUGUUGGCUCAGUAGAGAUUAAGUUAUGAAGAUG